ACUAAUUUCCCAAGACAAGUCAAAGAAAUGAAGGAACAUCUAAAGCGCAUCAAUGGGUUGUACGUUACAUUGUUACUAGCGCUCUAUGCGUGUGCUAUCAUUGUACAACUCGAAGCAGCGUCGGAAACAAAGACAUGUUUCCAAAAGAAGAGCCCAUGCUUCCUUAUGAAGCAGACUUGCCCAAAGCAGUGCCCUUCGUUUUCCCCUCCCUACGGUAGCUCCAAGGCAUGCGUCGUAGAUUGUUUUAACCCUAUAUGCAAAGCCACUUGCCGAAAUAGAAAGCCUAACUGCAACGGCAGAGGAUCAGCAUGCUUAGACCCACGAUUCAUAGGUGGCGACGGCGUCGUAUUCUACUUUCACGGCAAACGCGAUGAGCAUUUCGCACUCGUCUCUGACACUGACCUCCAAGUCAACGCACGCUUCAUUGGUCUCAGACCCUCUGGCCGAAGCAGAGACUUCACAUGGAUCCAAUCUUUGGGUCUGAUCUUCGGCCCCAAUAGCAAAACCUUCACACUCGAGGCCCAAAAGGCUGCGAAAUGGGACCACCAAGUGGACCAUCUCCGUCUUUCCUUCGAGGGAAAAGAGAUUCUUUUACCAAAAGGGGAUUCGGCUAUCUGGAGCCCUCCGGGGACUGGCUAUAUAAAGAUCGAGAGGACUUCAGACAUGAACUCCGUGUUGGUCACGUUACCAGACAUUGCCGAGAUUUGGGUCAACGUUGUUCCGGUCACAAAGGAAGACGACACGAUACAUAAAUACGAGAGACCUGAAAAUGACUGUUUUGCCCAUCUCGAAGUCCAGUUCCGAUUCUUGAGGUUGUCCCCGAACGUGGAGGGUGUUUUGGGAAGAACAUACAGAGAGGAUUUCCAGAAUCCUGCGAAGCCAGGGGUGGCUAUGCCGGUCGUCGGUGGGGAAGAUAAAUACAGAACAUCUUCGCUUCUUGAAACGAGUUGUAAUGCUUGUGUUUACUCACGUGGCUCUAGAAGUUCCGACAAGAUCGAGCCCUUGUCGCUGAAUCAAAACACUGUUGAUUGCACUGGAGGAUCGAGCAGUGGUAUUGGAAUCUUCUGCAGAAAAUAAAUAUUAUGUUUAAUACUCCCUCUGUUUUUUUUUA